GCCACUCCCGGCAGACCCCGCGCCGCGCCUGCGCAGUGCGGGGGAGGCUUUUAAUUCCAUUGUGGAGAGGACGGCGUUAUUUUUAUUAACCGGAGGCGGCGGCGGCGGCGGCGGCGGCGCGGCGGCGAGACCCCAGGCCUUCUCCGGGGCAUGCGAGUCGGCGGCGGGUUCCUGAGCGGAGGCUCCGGCAGGCGGGCAGAGAUGGAGCCCAGCUUCCCGCAGAGCCUGGUCAUGUUCAACCACCGGCUGCCCCCGGUCGCCAGCUUCGCCCGGCCGGCCGGCCCGGCCGCCCCUCCCCCGCAGUGCGUGCUCGCCCCCCCCGCGGCCCCGGCCGAGCCGCCCCCGCCGCCGGCCCCGGACAUGACUUUCAAGAAGGAGCCGGCGGCCUCCGGCGCGGCCUUCCCGGCGCCGCGGGCCUCCUGGGGCUUCCUGCAGCCCUUGGUCAGCAUCAAGCAGGAGAAGCCGGCCGAUCCAGACGAGCAGCACCACCACUAUGGGGGGCUGUUCGCGGGCGCCGAGGACCGGGCCCCGGGCCUGGGUGGCGGCGGCGAGGGGGGCGGCCCCGGCGUCAUCCAGGACCUCAGUGUCCUGCACCAGCAGCCGCAGGCUCCACAGCACCGCGAUGCCCUGCUCGGCGGUGGCGGCGAGGAGCCAAAGCACGACACGAACGUCAAGAAGGCAAAGAGGCCAAAGCCAGAAUCUCAGGGAAUCAAAGCCAAGAGGAAGCCCAGCGCAUCCUCCAAGCCGUCUUUGGUGGGAGACGGAGAAGGCGCGGUCCUGUCCCCAAGCCAGAAACCUCAUAUCUGCGACCACUGCAGCGCGGCCUUCCGGAGCUCCUACCACCUGCGCAGACAUGUCCUCAUUCACACCGGGGAGAGGCCCUUCCAGUGUGGCCAGUGCAGCAUGGGCUUCAUCCAGAAGUACCUCCUGCAGCGCCACGAGAAGAUCCACAGCCGGGAGAAGCCGUUCGGCUGUGACCAGUGCAGCAUGAAGUUCAUCCAGAAGUACCACAUGGAGAGACACAAGAGGACGCACAGUGGAGAAAAGCCAUAUAAGUGUGACACCUGCCAGCAGUAUUUUUCCAGGACUGAUAGACUGCUGAAACACAGGCGCACGUGUGGGGAAGCCAUAGCUAAGGGAGCCCCCAGUGCAGACCCUGGCUCCUCAAACCAUAGCAAUGUGGGAACCCUGGCUGUGCUGUCUCAGGGAAACAGCAGCUCCUCAAGGAGGAAGACGAAGUCCAAGAGCGGAGCUGCUGAGAGCAAGGAACACAAGGCUGGCAAAGCAGGCGACUCGCAGCUUGCAAACAGCGUGAGCAUGCAGACGUACUCCGUGGAGAUGCCUGCCAUGUCUUCCAGCGGCAGCAUCUUGGGCAGCGGUAUUGAUGAGCUUCAGAAAAGGGUGCCAAAACUCAUCUUUAAGAAAGGAAGCAGGAAGAACACAGACAAAAACUACCUGAACUUUGUCUCGCCAUUGCCAGACAUCGUUGGACAGAAGUCCUUGUCUGGGAAGCCCAGCGGCCCUCUCGGCAUGGCAUCCAGUGCCGGCGUGGAGACCAUCAGCCUUCUCCAGGGUGCGGGCGGCAAACCAGGCCAGAUGAACAGCAAUUACGACGAUGCCAUGCAGUUUUCAAAGAAACGAAGAUACUUGCCAACUGCCACCAGCAACAGUGCCUUCUCGAUCAACGUGGGACACAUGGUCUCCCAGCAGUCUGUCAUCCAGGCUGCGGGGGCCAGUGUCCUGGACAGUGAGGCCCCCCUGUCGCUCAUUGACUCCUCGGCGCUCAACGCUGAGAUCAAGUCCUGUCACGACAAGUCUGGCAUUCCCGACGAGGUGUUGCAGAGCAUUCUGGAUCAGUACUCCAGCAAGUCGGAGGGCCAGAAGGAGGAUCCUUUCAACAUAAGCGAACCACGCGUGGAUUUACACACCUCAGGAGAACACUCAGAGCUGGUUCCAGAAGAGAACUUGAGCCCAGGCACACAGACCCCUUCCAGCGACAAGGCAAGCAUGUUGCAAGAAUACUCCAAAUACCUCCAGCAGGCUUUCGAGAAGUCCACGAAUGCAGGUUUUACUCUUGGACAUGGUUUCCAGUUUGUCAGUUUGUCCUCACCUCUCCACAACCACACUUUAUUCCCAGAAAAACAGAUAUACACUACGUCUCCUUUGGAGUGUGGUUUUGGCCAAUCUGUUACCUCAGUGUUGCCAUCUUCGUUGCCAAAGCCUCCUUUUGGGAUGCUGUUCGGCUCUCAGCCAGGUCUGUACCUGUCUGCUCUGGACGCUGCCCACCAGCAGUUGACACCUUCUCAGGAGCUGGAUGACCUGAUCGAUUCUCAGAAGAGCCUGGAGACUUCGCCGGCCUUCCAGCCCUCGUCUCAGAAACUGACCGGCCAGAAGGAGCAGCAGAAGAACUUGGAGUCCUCAACCAGCUUUCAGAUCCCGUCUCAGGAGUUAGCGAGCCAGAUGGACCCUCAGAAGGACGUGGAGCCCAGGACGACGUACCAGAUCGAGAACUUCGCACAGGCGUUCGGCUCUCAGUUCAAGUCGGGCAGCAGGGUGCCAAUGACCUUCGUCAGCAACUCUAAUGGGGAAGUGGACCAUAGAGGCAGGACUUCAGUGUCCGAUUUCUCAGGGUACACAAACGUGAUGUCUGAUGUCAGUGAGCCAUGUGGUGCGAGAGUCAAGACGCCCACCAGCCAGAGUUACAGGUAAGGGCCCCAGGGCCCGGCUGGAGGCCUUCUGGUGUCGUUCUGUUUUGUUUCGAGAACACUGCCAUUGGAAUGUUUGUACACGAUCCUAUGAGAAUAAUGUAAUGCCCUUUCAAUGCAACUUUUCACAUUUAGUUUAUUUUGUUAGUGUGAUUUUAGCUGUUUCUAUUAUGAUUUUUAAUCAAAAUCGAUAGAUUAAAAAUAGUUUGACAUUCAAAGUGACAAUGUUUAGCAAUCAAAUUUACAUGUAUAGGUGGUCAGGGAAUAGCCCAAAAGUUUUAAAUGCAAAAAAAUAAAAAAAAUAAAAAACAAAAAAAUCCUACAAAAAAACAAAAGGAAAAAACACAAAAAAACUUUGUUGCUAGGAUUAAGGUUAUUCUAAUUGCUUUACUCUCAGGAAAGUGUAAUAACGCAUGGGAAUUCUGUACGUUAUCACUGUAACGGAAUGUCCAAUUUACAGAUAGUAUGGUGUGCGUGUCACCAUGUAAGUAAGGGAUCGGAAACAUUUCAGAUUGCUGUCUCCAUCUGGGCUGGUCCAAAAUUCUGAGAAGUUGGCUACCUAUGUUCUCUUGCAGCUUUUAAAUGUCCUCUGAACUUCCAAACCACGUUCAUUCCAGCCUGGUAGAACAAACACUCUCGGACCUUUGGUCACAGCCUGGAACGAUAGCUUUAAUAGAAGGAGAAGAGAAAGAGCGCCCUCUCCUCGUCCCCACGGCAGCGAGGCUGCAGUGCCCCCCCGGGUCGGCUGAGGCGGAGCGCGGCGUCAGCCCCGGUGGUGGGCUCCAGUGUUAGCAGCCGAGUUGGGGUCACAUGGUUCUUUGAGUUUUGGGGGGGGGGGUGUUGUUAACUAUAUAUACCCUGCAGACACUGUCCUCUUGUUUACGUUACUAUAGGUCACCCACACUUCUGGGGUUUUUGUUUUCUUGUUUCUGUUCUUAACCUGCCCUCUUUCUGAGAGGUCUGGGCCUUGUUUUCUCUUCCUGUCUUGACAGUUUAAAUUUUAGAAUGAGUUACAUUCCAGUAGGUAAUUCAUUAUGCAUUUCAUAUGCCUAUGGCAUCCAAAUACUACAUAGUAAGAUAAACACCCAGAACCCCCACUUUAAAACAAAUAACAAACAUACACAGAUUUUGUGUAUAAUAACAGCUGCACUUCCUUGGAGCUGCAGGUACUAACUAAUCAGCUGUGACGCCCACUGUGACGCAGCUGACGGGAGGGGGUGCCUGCCUUUGGCAGUGACAUCAGAAGCGCUCUGGAGCUGCGGCCUGUGACCUCCUCUGAAGGGCGUCAGUGGCCUUGGCCGGGGUCUCGGAAGGGCAUCAGAGCCCGCUUCCCACCCGAAUUGCCAUCGGAAUCCAUGGGCGGCAGUGGCUCUGCCUGAACCACUUUUUAGCCAUUGUAUUUUUUCCCGAGUGUAUUUUUAAUGUACUUUGGUGUUGAUGCCAAUGAGCUUUUAUGUACUUUGGUGACGUCGCGGUCCCUUGUGCUCCUCCGACGCCGGGAGAGUGCCACUGUGUGUUUGCCGUCCCGUUGUGUGACCGGCCUGGCGCGGGCUCCUGCACGGAGGAGGGACGUUGUGCGAGCGUGCGACACUUCUGUUACGAAGCAGUGUUUGGAAGACAAGAAAUUAUUGCAGUGGUUUCAGAAAACUAGUUACCCCCCUUCCUUCCUCCCUAAGUGUGCUUUCCCAGCCAAGAGUCACCUACUUGUCACUGCAAGAUGCUUAGAAAAUGUGUUUAAUUAAUCCUCCUAAGUACACUCGGUUCCGAAAGUCUGUUUCUCGUUUUGGUAAGUGCGGUUCGGCUCUGUUGGGGACAGAGCGCAGGCCGCCACGAAGGGCGGGCAGCACCUCACCGCUGGACCUUAAGGUGUGUGGUUUCCCUCCGGCGUUUAGUUCCCCGCAGGUUUUGAAUUUCUUUAAUAACUUUUCCUGUGUGUACUGAGAACUGCAUAUGUAUUACUCUGAUUGUUUGCCCUAGUUUACUACCAAUAAAAGACCUGUUAACCACAAAACCGGACAAAGGCGGUGUCACUUCGUCCCCAGCCACACCUUU